AUGGUCACUGUCAAAAAGCCCCCGCCUUUCAAGAGGGUACUAUGGUUUUCCGAAGGAGAGCUUCAGGAACGACGGAACCGGCUUCUGGAGCUCAUGAAACGGGAUAAUCUCAAUGGCUUUCUCAUGACCAAGCAGGAGUCCCUGUACUAUCUGACAGGAUUCGACACCUUUGGCUACGUGUUUUUCCAAGCCAUGUAUUUCCACAACGAUGGAAGGAUGCGGUUGAUUACUCGAAUCCCGGAUCUAUACGUCAAUUUUGGAUCAGAAAGAUAUCCUAUUCGAUCAGACGAUGCGAGCAGUAAUCCCGUUUCCCUGGUCCCGAGAGUUUUGAAAGAAUUUGGUAUCGAUAAGUCCUCAACGAAUCGGCUAUGA